CCACAAUGCCUGAGUGACAGUGUUUCACCUCACAUCUUCGUCUCUGCUCCAACUGAACACAAUUAUUUUCAGGUUCAAUAGAAGACACAUCAGAAUCAUCAUAGAAAUGUCUCUAGGCUCUGUUGUCAUUCUUUACUCACUUUAUUUAAUGUCAGUGGCAGGACAGAAAUUGGACAAUAAGAUGACAUUGAUUAGGAAACCGGGACAGCCUGUCAUCUUCAGCUGCCAAAACAUUGAUCAGAAUUGCAAUUAUGUCUACUGGUUCCAGAAGAAGGAGGGAGAACCUUUCAUUCUGAUCCUCCGCAUACAAAGUGGUUACUGCACUGUCUAUUCAGAUUACAACCAUCCUCAAAAAGGUGAAUUCUCAGCCAUGAGACAAAGUAAGAACUGUAAUCUGAAGAUCCAGUCAGUUACAGUGUCUCAUUCUGCCACCUACUUCUGUGCCUGCUGGGACUCGUCAACCUAUGUACUUUUAUUUGGCUCUGGUAUAAGACUUCAUGUGACAGACAAUCAUGUACAAAAACCAAAAGUGACGGUCUACCAAGUGUCCAAACCUGACCCGAACAGGAAAACCACCCUGCUAUGUCUGGCUAGAGACAUGUUUCCAGACUUGGUCAAGAUUUCAUGGAAGAUGGUGGAUACAAACGUCCGAACAAUGGAGGUGCCCAAAGCAGAGGGGGAACAGCUGGAGCAGAGGGAGGAAGGACGGACGACCAGUAUGAUCAUCAUUGAUAAAGAGAAGAUGUACAAGAACAAAUACAUCUGUUCUGUGGAGCAUAAAGGGGGCCCUCAAGAUGUUGACAUACCAAAAGAGGAACCAACUGAAGCUCCUCCAACCACCAUGGCUGCACCAACCACUCUGCAUGUGACCUGUGAGGAUCCAACUGAAGCUCCUCCAUCCACAAAGGCUGCACCAACUGCUCUGCAGGCUACAAACGAUUCCUUCCAGUCGACAUGCAGUCUCAACCUGGCCUCUCUGGUUUACACAGUGAUGAUCGUGAAGAGCAUGGUGUACUGCUGUGCGCUCUCUCUCCUGCUGCACAACAGGAACCUGGGAAGUAGACCCAGCACCAGUAGACCCAUUCACUGAAAGGAUAUGCCCCAGUAUGGAUAGAGUUGUAGUGGGCUGGGAACAACAAGGAUUUUACACCCCAUUGUGGUCUCAGAUUUCAUUUGUGUUCCUUUUUGUUUUUUUUCCUGCUUUAUUUUUUAAAUGCUUAAAUAUUGUGAGCCAUAGAUUUACACUUCAAUAGCUAAUUAUGACAUUAAUUGCAGAACAUUUCAUUUGUAUUUCCAAUUACUUCAACUGCCAAUUAUGACAUUAAUUGCAGAACAUUUAAAUUGCAGAACAUUAUUGUGUUUCCCUCCUUAACAUUUAAAUUAAUAUCACAUUUUACUUUUGAUGAUUGUGGGAGCUACACACUGCAGACAUUUGAAAAAAGAUUCAAUUAAGGUUUUCAGAAAAUUAAGGAUAGGAUAUCUUUAAGGUAGAUCCGUAUGGUUAAAAUGUAGAUUGUUUAAUGAAUGUUGCCCUGCAUUAUCUGUCAUAGUCGGAAAUUACACAACUGUAUUUGAUUUACACAAAAUAUUUAACUAAAUAUCAAACCUAUCAAAAUAUUUUAUUAUUAAAUAUGCCAGCCUAUGAGUUCUAAAUAUGUAUUAUUAUCCAAAAUAAUAUUUAGUAUGUUUAUUUAUUUUUAUUUUUUUAUUUUACCUUUAUUUAACUAGGCAAGUCAGUUAAGAACAAAUUCUUAUUUUCAAUGACGGCCUAGGAACAGUGGGUUAACUGCCUGUUCAGGGGCUGAACGACAGAUUUGUACUUUGUCAGCUCGGCGAUUCAAACUUGCACCCUUUUGGUUACUAGUCCAAUGCUCUAACCACUAGGCUACCCUGCCGCCCCCGUGUGUAAUGAAGCGUAGUAUAUAUAUUGAAGAAAUUAGAGUACGUUUUUUAACAUAGUAUUUUGUAUCUUAAAUCAAUUAUUUAAUUAAAUUACAAUUAAUAAUAAAAUCCAGCUAUUAUUUUUACUUUAAAGAACUAUAUUCUGACUGCUUAUUGAGCAGACAAAAUGCUAAAUGUGUGAAAUCAUUCAUUUGUGCUUUUUUACAUUUAUACAAUGUUGUUGUUUAUUUUACAUUGAUAAGGCUUGUUUAAAGAGUGAUAUUUUUCUUGCAUAAGAGGGCCUAUCUAGUGAGCAGUGUUUCUCAAAAGAAGCAUAUCCUUUCAGAUAGGGAUGGGUUUAAGAAUUGCUGCCUUCGUGGUUCAACUGUACUGUUUUGUAUGAGGAAACUGUCACCAUAAUAGAAAAUAAAAGUUACCUAAAAAC